UUGCGUCCUGCCAUCUCCCUCAAGGCACGCAGAACUGUCCGUGAGGAUGGCUACCAGGGUCCGGACAGCUUCCAUCUGGGUUCCACCUCUCCAGGAACGAGAUAGUUCAUGUGAUAAGAUCAGAAAGCUACAAGGUCAGGAGUCCAUCCUGGGCCAAGGGACCCCCGACCGGAGACUUCUCCCUGGAAUACCGGGGCACAGGCAGAAGAAUCACAGGACAGAGCAGCUCCUAGAGUGGCUGUUUAUUUCCCCAGAGCAGCCCCAAAUCACCAAAUCCUGGGGACCUCUGUCAUUCAUGGAUGUAUCUGUGGAUUUUAACUGGGAGGAGUGGCAGCUGCUGGACCCAGCGCAGAAGUGCCUGUACAGGAGUGUGAUGUUGGAGAACUACAGCAACCUGGUGUCGCUGGGUUACCAGCAAACCAAACCUGAUAUCAUUGUCAAGUUAGAACAAGAAGAAGAGCUGCAGACGGUACAGGCCCAAAUGCCACAUCAGGGGUGUCCAGACAAAGUCUGGGAAAUUGAUGAUCAUAUGGAAUGGCAUCAGGAAAAUCAAGGCAAGCCAGGAAGCAUAGCAAAAAGCUUUGAAUGCACUGAACUUGGAACACUAUGUCUUCUUAGUACAAAUUAUGUUUCUUCAAGACAAAACCCACAUAAAUGCGGCAUGCAUAGAAAGAGUUUGAAAUAUAAUACAGAUCUUACUAGUAAUUAUGCUGGAAAGAAUACUAAUGGGUUUCAUGUACAUGAGGAAUCAUUCCUCCAUUCUAAACAUGAGCAGACUGUUAUUGGAAUAAACCACUAUGAAAUUAAUGAAUCUGGAAAAACUGUCAACAAGAAGUCACAACUAAUGUGCGAACAAAUGCAUACGGGAGAAAAACCCUUUGAAUGCAGUUACUGUGAGAAAGCCUUCAGCAGCAAGUCAUAUCUUGUAGUCCAUCAACAAACUCAUGCAGAAGAGAAGCCCUAUGAAUGCAAUGAAUGUGGGAAAGACUUCAGCAGUAAAUCAUACCUUGUGGUACAUCAGAGAACUCAUACAGGAGAGAAACUACAUCAGUGCAAGGAAUGUGGGAAAACAUUUGGUUUCAAUUCACAACUUGUUAUACAUCAAAGAAUUCAUACAGGUGAGAAUCCCUACGAAUGCUGUGAAUGUGGGAAAGUCUUCAGUAGGAGAGACCAGCUUGGUUCACACCGGAGAAUUCAUUCAGGACAGAAACCCUAUGGGUGUAAUGAAUGUGGGAAAGCUUUUAGUUUGAAGUCGCAGCUCAUUAUACAUCAAAGAAUUCAUACAGGAGAGAAACCAUAUGAAUGCAGUGAAUGUCAAAAAGCCUUUAAUACAAAGUCAAACCUUAUGGUACAUCAGAGAACCCACACAGGAGAGAAACCCUAUGUUUGUAGUGAAUGUGGGAAAGCCUUUACAUUCAAGUCACAACUCAUUGUACAUCAGGGAGCUCACACUGGAGUAAAACCCUAUGGAUGCAGUCAGUGUGGAAAAGCCUUUAGUUUAAAGUCACAGCUCAUUGUACAUCAGAGAAGUCACACCGGAAUGAGACCUUAUGUAUGUGAUGAAUGUGGCAAAGCUUUCAGGAGCAAGUCUUACCUCAUUAUACACAUGCGAGCUCAUACAGGAGAGAAACUUCAUGAAUGCUGUGAUUGUGGGAAAGCCUUUAGUUUCAAUUCACAACUUAUUGUGCAUCAGAGGAUUCACACAGGAGAGAGCCCCUAUGAAUGUCAUGAAUGUGGGAAAGCCUUCAGUCGGAAAUACCAGCUCAUUUCACACCAGAGAACUCAUGCAGGGGAAAAGCCCUAUGCAUGCAGUGACUGUGGAAAAGCUUUUGGUUUGAAGUCACAGCUUAUUAUACAUCAGAGAACUCAUACAGGAGAGAAACCAUUUGAAUGCAGUGAAUGUUGCAAAGCCUUUAAUACAAAGUCAAAUCUUAUUGUACAUCAGAGAACCCAUACAGGAGAGAAACCCUAUGGUUGUAGUGAAUGUGGAAAAGCCUUUACAUUCAAAUCACAGCUCAUGGUACAUCUGGGAGUUCACACUGGAAUAAAACCCUAUGGAUGCAGUCAGUGUGGAAAAGCCUUUAGUUUGAAGUCUCAGCUCAUUGUACAUCAGAGAAGUCACACAGGAGUAAAACCAUAUGGAUGCAGUGAGUGUGGGAAGGCCUUCAGGAGCAAGUCAUACCUCAUUAUACACAUGAGAACGCAUACAGGAGAGAAACCACAUGAAUGCCGUGAAUGUGGGAAAUCCUUCAGUUUCAAUUCACAACUAAUUGUGCAUCAGAGGAUUCACACUGGAGAAAACCCCUAUGAGUGCAGUGAAUGUCGUAAAGCCUUUAAUAGGAAAGACCAGCUUAUUUCACAUCAGCGAACACAUGCUGGGGAAAAACCUUAUGGGUGCAGCGAAUGUGGGAAAGCUUUUAGCAGCAAGUCAUAUCUCAUUAUACACAUGAGAACUCAUUCAGAAGAGAAACCAUAUGAAUGUACCCAAUGUGGGAAAGCCUUUAUUUGGAAGUCACUACUCAUUGUACAUGAACGAACUCAUGCGGGGGGAAACCCUUACAAAUGUAGUCAGUGUGAGAAAUCCUUCAGUGGGAAAUUACGGCUCAUUGUACAUCAGAGAAUGCACACAAGAGAGAAGCCCUAUGGGUGCAGUGAAUGUGAAAAAGCCUUCUUUAGGAAAUCUCAGCUCAUUGUACAUCAGAGAAUUCAUUCAGGAGAGAAACCCUAUGCAUGCAAUGAAUGUGGAAAAAACUUCUCUCAAAAAUCAAUUCUCAGUGCACAUCAGAGGACACAUACAGGAGAGAAGCCCUGUAAAUGCACUGAAUGUGGGAAGGCCUUUUGUUGGAAGUCACAGCUCAUUAUGCAUCAGAGAACUCACAUAGAUGAGAAACAUAUUGAUGAAUUAAAUGUGAGGAACUUUCUCUCAAAAGUCCAUUCACAGGAGAUAACAACAAAGUCGUUUAGAAGUGAAACUUUGUAAAUAGAAUUAUCUCCUUGAACACCAGAAAACUUGUAGUGAAUGGAAACCUUAUGAAUGCACAGCAAAUGCAAGGGCCUCCACAGAAAGCUGGGUUUUAUAUGCAAAACACAAACAAACAAAAACCACAGGAAAUGAUUAGUUUAGCAAAUCUUGUAAAAGUUUUCAGGGGCUGGCUCGUUAGCUCAGGUGGUUAAAGCCCAGUGUUAUAGCACUAAGGUCAAGGGUUUGGAUCCCUGCACUGACCA